AUGAUGCAUCGUUUUGCACGGAAGCCACUUGGUCUGCCGGUCUCAUCCUGUGAUUCAUCUGUUGCCAGCACAAUCUCUUCCGCCACUACAUCUUCCUCCUCUCUUCCCUUCACCAAUGGCCUGCUCUCUCAAUCGCCCCAUCCUGAUCCCAUCACCAGCCGACAUUGGCCCGCUUUGCUCCUUCGGCUGCAUCGUUUGUUGCCCGAUAGGCCUGGCUGUGCUGCCGGCUCCGAGCCCUAUGGAGACACGCGGAUGCAACUUGAAGAGCCUCCGGAAUGGGACGAGGUCAGUAUGACAGGAAAUCUGCUUCCUCCAGCUUUGCCUGUUAUUUAUGGCCAUCUGUUGCUGCGUCUAUUACCACUCCUUGAGAUCUUCUUUGCCCAAUGCCUUGAGGUGGCACCACCACUCACCAAGCUUGUUCGCUUCUGCAGGCUAGUGCAGCCACUUUUCCGUUUUCACCGUAAGUAG